GAGACACAAACCAAAGCGCAUUCAUUUCCUCCUAUUGUCGUCUUCGAUAACUCCCCAAAAUAACCAGGUCCCCCUAAUCCCCUUCUCCUUUAUCAAACCCUCCCAACCUCCCCCACCUCCCUCGUUAUUACCUCUUCUCUCCCACAUCCCAUAUAACCAUCACCUCUCCCACUCCCUUCUCAGAUUCCCUCUCUUUGAUGAAGCGUGGGUUUGCUUCCAUGGCCGAGGAGGACGAUUACAAGAUGAAGAAGCUAAAGGUCGAGGAAGACGAGAUCGAACCAGAGAAAGAAGAAGAGGGUGUGAUCGUUGAAGGACCAGGGUUUACGAGUCUGGAUGAUAAUCUGAUAUUCGAGGUGUUUAAGCACGUUGAUGCCAGAACACUAGGGAUGGUGUCGUGUGUGAGCAAACAGUGGCACAAGACGGCCCAGGACGAGCGGCUCUGGGAGCUCAUGUGUACUCGUCACUGGGUUAACAUCGGCUGCGGUAAUCAGCAGCUGAGAUCUGUCGUUCUUGCCCUCGGUGGCUUCCGAAGGCUCCACUCGCUCUACAUCUGGCCUUUCACUAAGCCUCAGUCCUCUCCUUCAUCGUCUUCCUCUGCUUCUGCUUCUUCUGCUCCUUCGUCACCCUGGGCGGCGGCUCCGCUGAAGCCGAUGAUGGCCGCGAAGCCGCACGCUAGGUGGGGGAAGGAUGAGGUGAAUCUCUCGCUGUCGCUCUUGUCGAUUCGGUUUUACGAGAAGAUGAAUUACAGCAACCGGAGCCAAGGAAGAUGAUGAUGAUUUUAAAAGCUCAAGAUUCAGAUAUUAUUCAUAUAAAUUUCGUAAUUUCCGUUGGAUUUUCCGUUUUAGUUUGUUGAAUUUUUUUUCUGGGUUUUUGGUACUUGGAUCUGUACUGUAAUGCUUGGUUUACUUUGCUAAGCUUGUCCUGUAUAUUAUGAGAUGGAAUUUGCUGAUUUUAAUGUACUAUAAUUUCCACAAAUUCGAACUGGGUUUUGUUCUGUUUUACUAGUAUGUUUAUGAUUGAAAUUGGAACGGGAAGAACAAGAACAACAAGGAGAAGAGGACCGCAUCUGAAGGUUUUGGUUGU